CCCGUCCCUGUCUGAUUUCCUUCUGGCAUGUGUUGAGGGCAGCAGGAGUCCAUGGAGGCAGGGUCUUCCUCUUUGGAUGUAGUUAUGGAAGGUAACAAGGCCGUAGUCACAGUCAAUGAGGAAUUUACUGAUGUUAAAGAACACUGGCCGAAAGAAAGGAUUGCUGUUGUUAAGAGACCUGCCUGGAAAGGUCAAACUGGGUGAACAGUCAAGAGAACAAUGGCAGGAGAUCUGAGCUCGACUAAAACCGUGGAUCACGAGAAUGGAAUGGAGGGAAUUCAAAAGGGAGGAAUAAGUGCUGUGUUUGACAUAAAUGACUCUGUGGAGGAUCACAUUCGAGAUACAAUUGUUGCAGGUGCUUACCUCUGCGAUGAAGAAGCUGUUGAGGUUGUUUGCCGUGAGGGUCCGGAACAAGUUCUGGAGCUGAUUGAAAUGGGGGCAGCAUUUGAUCGGGGUGAGGAUGGAGUGCUACAUCUUGGGCGAGAGGGAGGGCACUCACAUCACCGGAUCGUGCACGCAAAGGACAUGACUGGACGAGAAAUAGAAAGAGCGCUGCUGUCAGCUGCAAGCAAGCACCCGAAUAUUCAAAUUUUUGAACAUCAUUUUGCUAUCGAUUUCCUUACCCGUAUGGAUGGGGAUGCAAUAAAGUGCCAAGGGAUUGAUGCUAUAAAUACCAGCACAGGGGCAGUUGUCAGGUUCUUGUCAGAAGUUACAAUGCUGGCAGCUGGAGGUGCCGGUCAUCUGUAUCCAUGCACAACCAAUCCCAAGGUUGCAACAGGGGAUGGAUUGGCGAUGGCAUUUAGAGCGCACACGGUUGUUUCGAACAUGGAAUUCAUCCAAUUCCACCCGACAGCGUUGGCUGAUGCUGGGCUUCCUAAUCCACCCAAGUCCCGCGACAAUGCAUUCCUGAUCACGGAAGCUGUUCGUGGUGCAGGUGGGAUUUUGUACAACCAGGAUGGGGAGCGAUUCAUGCUGGAGUAUGACCCUCGGAAGGAGCUGGCGCCAAGGGAUGUAGUCGCUAGAAGCAUCGAUGACCAGUUGAAGAAGAGAAAUGAAAAGUAUGUCUUCUUGGAUAUCAGUCAUAAGCCUAGAGAAGAGAUUCUUUCACAUUUUCCAAACAUUGCUGCAGAGUGCUUGAAGUAUGGGCUUGACAUUACCAAAGACCCAAUCCCUGUAGUUCCUGCAGCGCACUACAUCUGCGGAGGUGUUCAGACCGGAUUGCAUGGUGAGACAUCAAUCGAUGGACUGUAUGCAUGCGGGGAGGUGGCGCAUACUGGUCUGCAUGGGGCAAAUCGCCUUGCAAGCAACUCGCUAUUGGAGGCUCUGGUAUUCUCCCAGCGAGCAAUCUUGCCAUCAAUCGCGUACAUGAAGUCUGCAUCAAGUCAAGGAUGUGAUGUUUGGGAGGUGGACAGUGAGUUCUGGCCAAGGCCAAUGAGCUGGAAAUCGAUGAAGAAAUCGGCAAACUACACUGCAGUCAUGAAGUAUACUGAGACCUGCAGGAGACGGCUACAAGCAAUAAUGUGGGACUAUGUUGGCAUUGUAAGGUCAACCGAGAGGUUAAAAAUUGCCCGCCGAGAACUUGCGAGGCUUGAACGAUCAUGGGAGGAUCGGCUUGCUUGGUACAUUGGGUAUCAAGGAAACGUGGCGAGCGUUGAGAUAUGUGAAAUGAGAAAUCUUUUCGUUGGAGGAAAGCUUGUCGUUGAGAGUGCACUGAAGCGGCAAGAAAGUCGAGGCCUACAUUAUACGCUGGACUUCCUGGAUGUGGUGGAGAGCGAGAGGCAUCCCACGGUUCUGGUUCCUUCGGCUUCAAGGCAGUUGUUUGGAGCUGCACAUGUAUGAGUUUGCAGGGCUGGCCUUGGUGCCCGUCUGAGGAACAAGGUGGAUGAUUGAAGCUCAGGCUCAGCGACACGCAGAACAAGGUGGAUGAAUGAAGCUCAGGCUCAGCGACACGCAGGGAGAUGAAGUUGUGCUCACCCCACACUUGAGUUAGGUUGUGUUUUGCUUUCUGUUGUUUAUGUUCCUUGAGACAAAAACAAUGUGCAGUCUAGUCUACAGUGAUUCCUUUCUGGGGUUAGAAAUUCCUUAAGAGGAAUUUGUGGAAUUCGUUUCAAUUUAAGCCCACCGUGCAUCCUUUCUGGCUUUUCUUUUGUCCAGAAUCUCUUUCCAUUUUUGAGCAAGCUGGUCGAUGGAGUCAUUGACGCUUGGAGGGAGUUGCAUAUCCCACGGUUAUGUGCGAAAGUUGAUCCUCAAUUGUGAGCUAGCGACGAUAGGAAAUUGCAUGAGGUCGGUAUUCAAUUCCAUGUGAAACUGGAGAGUCUUUUCAUUAGACUGGGUACAGAUGUGGCGGAUGGUGCACGAGAAGAUGUUUGUCAAUGCAUGGCACUAUUUUUUGGGGGGGGCACAUCCGGUAAUGGAUGAAAGCAUUCUUUACUAUAUUUAGGGCACUUGUCUCGCACACGUAAUUUCCAAAUUGGGAAGGCAAGGAGUCUCUACUAAAAACAUUGAGAAGAAAAACAGUCUGGUUGUCUGUUCUUAAAGCUAUUUACAAAAUUU